AUGGCGAAUCUACUCGCAGCCACACCGGCGCUCCGGCGCGCAGUCCCUCGCAUCCUACCCCAAGCUUCUUGGACCGCCAGCAGCAUCCGCCCCUCACCACAUCUCCUCGCGCCAACCCACGAAUCUCACGAGCGAAGAACAUCCGCCACCACCUCCUACGCCCGCCAACAAUGGAGUCUCCGCCGAUCUCCUCCUCCUCGCCAACCCUCGCGCCGCACCUUCCACGCUACUCCCCUCCUCCACAAAGACCACCAAUUCGACACGCUCAAAUUCGUGCAGCGCCUGCAAGCCGAGGGCUUCAGCGAAGCCCAAGCAGUAGCAAUGAUGAAAGUGCUCGGCGACGUAAUCGAAGAGAGCAUCCAGAACCUCACGCGCACCAUGGUGCUGCGCGAAGACCAGGAAAAAGCGACGUACACGCAAAAGGUCGACUUUGCCAAGCUGCGCUCCGAACUGCUGUCCGCCGACUCCACCGAGUCGAGUCUGACGCGCGCCAGCCAUGAGCGCCUCACGAACGAUUUGGAGAAGUUGCGCUCGCGGCUGCGGGACGAGGUGCAGCGUACGCAGGCGAGCGUGCGGCUGGAUUUGAAUCUCGAGAAGGGGAGGAUUCGCGAGGAGGCGAAUAGUCAGGAUUUGAAGAUUAAGGAGACGGAGACGCGGAUUGAGCAGGAGACGGCGGCGCUAAGGGAGAGGUUGGAGGCGGUGAAGUUUAGUACGCUGCAAUGGUUGAUGGGCGUGUGUACGGGCACCGCGGCCAUUAUUUUGGGUGUGUGGCGAUUAUUGAUGUGA